GUUCGGUGACUAGGAGGAGCUGAGGGAGGCGAUUGCGUCCCGUCCUCUCCGUGGAGCUAGAGCAGCGUCCGCCCCCGCUCCCCCCCCCGCCCCGACUCCAGCCAGCCGCUGGCCACGCUGCCCGCUCAGCCCAACUGUCCGUGUAGCGGGAGGGAGAAGGAAGAGGAGGGGAAGGAGGAGGAGGAAGAGGAGGAGGGGCACAGCCCGUCGCCGCAGCCCGCCCCCAGCCCGCCCGCCGCCUGCUUUUUACCCUCAACAUGUAAACAGUCCCCGUUAAGAGUUCUCCAGGGAGCCGGAGCGGGAGAGCUGGUCAUUAAAGCAGGUCCGCGACGAGCCCCCUGGUCCCGCGGAUUCCCCGGCCGGAAUCGCCGACGUAUUGGGAGGCAAGAGCCCAGAAGAAGCCCGGGCUGAGCCGAGCCGAGUUGAGCGCAGCGCUCGCGGAGGGGAGAGGCCGAGAGCAGCGCCCAGAGGGCCGGAGAGCUAGAGCGGGGGAGCCAGAGAGGAGGAGCGAGCGAGCGAGCCGGGCAGUGGAGAGGGGAGCGAGGCAGGGGCGACCGACGGCAUGGAUUUCCAGCAGCUGGCUGACGUUGCGGACAAAUGGUGCUCCAACACCCCUUUCGACCUCAUCGCCACGGAGGAGACGGAGAGGAGGAUGGAUUUCUACGCUGACCCGGGGGUCUCCUUUUACGUGCUGUGCCCGGACAACGGCUGCGGGGACAAUUUUCACGUCUGGAGCGAGAGUGAAGACUGCUUGCCUUUCCUGCAGCUGGCACAGGAUUACAUCUCCUCUUGUGGCAAGAAGACCCUCCAUGAAGUGUUGGAAAAAGUCUUCAAGUCUUUCAGACCUUUGCUGGGGCUCCCAGAUGUAGACGAUGACGCAUUCGAAGAAUAUAGCGCCGACGUGGAAGAGGAGGAGCCCGAAGCUGACCACCAACAGAUGGGCGUCAGUCAGCAGUAAACUUUGGAGGGUUGUGAGCAGGACAGAUGUUAACUUCUUGGUGCCAGGUGGGGUCAUGGGUCCUGUGUUUGCAUUUUGCAUUCGCUCAUCACCACAGGAGGUCUGACUCCCAGCAUCUGAAUUAAAAUGAAAUAGAAUUUUAACCACCAUGAAAUAUCUGUGAUAAGCUUUGCUAUGGGGUGGUCUGACGCCCCCCAGCCCCUGCCCCUUCUGCUCCCAGCAGGUGUCUGGGGGGUCGUCUUGGUUGCCUUGUGCCAUUUUGAAUCUAGAAUCUGUUUUUGUAGCCAGCUUCAUUUUCUCUUUUGUUCACUGUAAAGGAUUCACAUCCGCUGACUUGAAUGUCUGGUUUGAGGAAUGUAUCAGGCCUGGAUCUGGCCGAGGGAGAGCCACGUGGGAGGUAGAAGUCAGCUACAUUUUUUUGUUGAUUUUAUGACCUUUUAACUACUAGUUAGAGAUCUUGCUUCUAAAGCAGGUGUUUUGAUAUAUCUACAUACUUUGUUAAAUGCAGAAGAGCAGCUUAAAAAGGGGGAUGGGAAUUCCUCAGAUUGGUUUAGGAGGAGUUGGAGAUAAAUACAAACCUCUGAUAAGGGUUGUUUUUUUUUUAAUCUCACUUCAACAUUUAUUAAGCCCCUACUGUAUGUGAAUCUAUUAUCCAAAUAUUUUUAAAUGAUACCAUCGCUGCCCUCAGGGAGCUCACUUUCUGUUAGGAGGUUGGCUGGGGUACGUUAGACAUUCUUAACCUAAAUAGCUAGGUAAAUCAUUACAAACAUAGUAGAUGACUUUGAAAACUUCCCAAGUCUAAAUGACAAUAUGUUAAGGAUCAUGCCACCAUCUAGAACUUAGAAGAUGAGCCUCAAAGAGUUGUUUGCAGUGACCAAACCAGGGUCACACAGAUGGUAACUAUUAGGGGUCAGAUUUGAAUCUAGGUCUCCUUGAUUCAAGGAUCACACAUCUAAAAGGAACUUUAGUCCAACCCCCUUGUUUUACAAAUGCGGAAACUAAGACAUAGAGCAGCAUGGUGACUUACUCAAGGUCACACAGGUGGUAAGUAGCAGGACUGGAAUCUGAACCCUCUGCCUCCAAAUCCCUUGUUCUUUCUGCUGCACCGGGCUGCCUCCAGAUCUAGGACUUGGUGACCUCCCUUGCACGCUGCCUCUGAAGUCCAAAGCCACUUUGUAAUAGAGAGAUGAAAACAAUCAACGAGCGACAUUGGGUGAUUUUGUAAAAGUGUCUCUAAAAUAUCAUGUGAGAAGUGAAACUUUCAACUUCACACUUUUCUGGUGAGUUGACAACUUGUUAAUAUCCUGAUGUCAUUCAAAAUUCAAGUGCCAUGUCAACCUUGAAGCCAUAUCUACAUUUGUUAGGAGAGUCAACUCAACCAUGGUCAGAAUUUUAAAAAACGUAUCACUUUCCCUAUCUGCCUUUUAGUCUUUAAAGAGAACAAGGAGGAAAGGGUCCCAUUCUAUAAUCUACUACACUUUAAAAGAAUCAAAUGCUUCUAAAUGUCUGGUUUUAGCCAAUUUUUGACAUGAUGUGAAAAGUCUCAGUCCUUUCAUAUAAGAUUAAGUUCACUAAAAGUUGGCGAUCGAGGCACCAGAAUAACAUAGAUAACUCCCAGAAGCACCCACUGCCUCCAUUAUCAUUCAUUCCACAAACAUUUGGGGAGAACAUUUUGGGCAGCAGGAUCCUUUUAGGGUGUGUUUUCUUAUCCCCUUCUCUUGGUUGGCACUUUGGAUGACUUGGGAUGGGGAAUGCUUCCAUAGCCCAAGAUGAGUCUCAGUGGUCAGUUUCAGGGGUGGGAGAAUGCUUGAGCAUGCAUGGGUUGGUGGGUCAGUAUGGCUGCCAUUUUGCAUUCUGAAGGCCUCCAAAGUAUGUUUGCCAUGUGGCCAAAAUCAUGAAUUAAAAAAAUAUAUGUAUGUACAUAUAUACACAUAUUCAUGUAUAUAUGUAUAAGCUUCAAUGCUUAUUGGGUUUUGCAUAAUCUUUUUAGGACGUAGGCAUAAACCUGAUAGCUCCAGUUUUUUUGGGUGAGCCUGUAGGAAGGUGGAUUAAUGGUAGGAGAUCAUUGACUGCUCAUCAUAUAACACUUUAUAAGAGUCCCAAGUAGUUUAUUUUCUCAAAUCAAAUGCAGUUUUUGUGGUUUCCAUCCCUUCUUUGGUACCCAAGUUUUUACUUUCUCUCUAUUAAUAAAAACAGAUUAUAGUCCUAUGAAAA